CCGUGAUCUCCUAGAGUGCCAAUUCAGAAGCAGGAUUCUCUGCAGUUCCAUAUCCGUAACCUAUGAAGGGGUAGGGGGAGGGCAGAGCACGGUAAGCAUAUAUGAUCUUCACCGUGCAGCUGAACCCUCAAAGACGCAAUGGCAACCAGACACGCUCGCCUGGAGGAAGACCUCUGUUGCCCGAUCUGUGGGCAGAUCUUCCAGCAGCCUGUGGUACUUUUCUGCAGACACAGGUUCUGUAAGCUCUGUCUGGAGGGGUUCUGGAGUGGCAGCGGACCCUGUGAGUGCCCGCUGUGCUGUCAGCCAGCCUCCGUGGGAGAGCUCGUGGUCAACUCUACACUUGAGAAGACCUGCGAGGGCUUUCUGGGGGAGCGCCGCAGGAACAACCCUUUUACGUGCAGGGAACACGGGGAAACCCUGACACUCUUCUGUCUGGAAGAGCUGCAGCCCGCCUGCGUCACGUGCAAGUCAUCAAUCAGCCACAAAGGGCACAGAUUAUACUCUUUGGAAGACGCAUCCCAAGACUGUAAGGCUGAGCUGAGGAAUGCUUUAAAGCCCCUGCAAGAAAAGUUGAAUCUCUUCAGGAAAAUUAAACUCACCUAUGAUCAAACAGCAGAGCACAUCAAGAGGCAGGCUGAGCACACAGAAGGGCAGAUUAGAACGGAGUUUGAAGCCCUGCACCAGUUCCUUCACGAUGAGGAAGCUGCCCGACUCUCUGAACUGAAACGAGAAGAAGAUCAGAAGAGCCAGAUAAUGAUGGAAAAGAUUGAUGAUAUAGAAAAAGAAAUAGCUUCCCUUACGAAAACCAUCAGAAUUAGCGAAAAGGAGAUGAACUCUCAAGAUACCCCUUUCCUCCAGAACUACAAGGACAUGAUAAAGAGGACUUGGCACGUACCCCAGGAUCCAGAAAUGAUCUCAGCAUCUCUGGUUGAUGUAGCCAAAUACACAGGCUCAUUAAAAUUCAAGGUCUGGGAAAAGAUGAAGAAUAUUAUUCAAUAUACUCCUGUGACUCUAGACCCAAACACGGCUGCAACCUGCUUCCAGCUGUCGGAGGACUUGGCAACGCUGCUGUACUGCGCCCAGACGUUCAAGCUCCCAGACAACCCUGAGCGCUUUGAUGUCGGCGCUGAGAUUCUGGGCUCUGAGGGCUUCCGCUCAGGCAAGCACAGCUGGGAGGUGGAGGUUAAAGGCAACACCUACUGGGUCAUUGGGGUGGCCAGCGAGUCCAUCGACAGGAAGGGAAAGCACGUGCUGACCCCUGCGGAAGGUUUCUGGACCAUCCGGCUGCGCAACGGCGAGUACAAGGCUUGCUCUGCACCCUGGUCGCCGCUGACCAUGAACAGGGAGCCGGAGGUGGUGAGGGUGGUGCUGGACAUGGACCGGUCCAAGGUCACGUUCUACGACCCACGGGAGAGGACGGCACUGUACACCUUCACAGACAUUCUCACCCUACGAGCGCUCCCUUACUUCUGCAGUGCCUGCAAGGAAAGCCCACUCAGGGUGCUGCCAGUUCGCGUGUCUGUCUCAGUGGGGCACUAGGUGUUUGUGGCACAUCCCGUUCAGGGACGGCACCCCCACCUGGACCAUCCUGUCCCCUCUAAUAUUACGUGCGUGGGUGAUAUGGAUGGAAACACAUACACUACUUGAAACCCAUAUGCUUGUCUUGAUGUUUUAGCUCAAACACAACACAAAAUAAAAGAAAAACAAACUA